CAGCAGCAGGGCUUUACGGAAGGUUGUUUGCUGCCAGCCCGUCUUUUUUUUGGGCUGCUCAGCGGAGGCAUCUGAGUUUGAGCUUCCCUUUCCUCUGACUCCCUGAUCCCUUGGGGCUGGGUAAGUUCAAGAAGCUGUGAGGAAUGGGGCAGGUGGGUGUGUCCCCUGCCUGACCCAGAGCAGGUCCUGCCAGCCCAGCCCGGAGCAGGUAGCAGAAGCCACCCAACCUGGAGCAGCGGCAGAGUGACAAAGGAAGUGCAGAUCUCCACCUCGGAUGAAGCUGAAUGACUGGCUUCCAACCCUGGGCAGUCAUAGCCCACACCCCCAUGCCUGGCAGCUGCUUGCUUUGGGACUGGCUCCGUACAGCCUGCCAGCCACCACCCUGGAGGUGAAAGCCAUGCCCAGGCCUCAGAGUACCCCCUGAUGGCCUCAGCCUGGGUCCCUCUGCCCGCCUCCCGCACCAUGUCAUCUGUCAACAAUUCCACACUGGGCAAUCUGUCGGUCAACGUGUCUUCGUGCCCGGACUACCGGACCUUCCAUCGCCUGCACAUGGUGGUCUACAGCUUGGUGCUGGCGGCUGGACUGCCACUCAACGCGCUGGCCCUUUGGAUCUUCCUGCGCGUGUUGCGUAUCAAAUCGGUGGUGAGCAUAUACAUGUGCAACCUCGCGGCCAGCGACCUGCUCUUCACGCUCUCGCUGCCCCUGCGCCUGUCCUACUACGCGCAACACCACUGGGUCUUCCCGGAUCUCCUGUGCCAGACAUCGGGAGCGAUCUUCCAGAUGAACAUGUACGGCAGCUGCAUCUUCCUGAUGUUAAUCAAUGCGGACCGCUUCGCCGCCAUCGUGCACCCGCUGCGGCUGCGCCACCUGCGGCGGCCCCGCGUGGCACGGCGCGUGUGCCUGGGCGUGUGGGCGCUCAUCCUGGUGUGCGCCGUGCCCGCCGCCCGUGUGCACCGGCCCUCGGUCUGCAGCCACGCGGGCCGCAAGUGGCGCCUGUGCUUCGAGAGCUUCGGCGAUGAGCUGUGGCGCGGCCGUCUGCUCUUGCCGCUCGUGCUGCUGGCCGAGGCGCUGGGCUUCCUGCUGCCGCUGGCGGCGGUGCUCUACUCGUCGUGCCGAGCCUUCUGCGUGCUCGCGCGGCCCGACGCCCCGCAGAGCCGGCGGCGGCGCAAGACCGUGCGCCUCCUGCUGGCCAACCUCGUCAUCUUCCUACUGUGCUUCGUGCCCUACAAUGCCACGCUGGCGGUGUACGGGCUGCUGCGUGGCGACUUGGUGCCCGCCCGCCCCGGGACCCGCGAGCAGGUGCGCGGAGUGCUGAUGGUCAUGGUCCUGUUGGCCGGCGCCAACUGCGUGCUGGACCCACUGGUCUACUACUUCAGCGCAGAGGGUUUCCGCAAUACCCUGCGCGGCCUGAGCGCCCCGCUCCGUGCCCGCACCUUGGCCGGGAACGGGACCGGGGACGCUCCCCCUGAGCCGCGCUGGGAGACCCUCCCUUCCGCCAGGCUGGAUGCCACCGACCAGGGGCUACUGCAGGCCUCCCACGCUAGCCCUGUGAACCAGGACUCGGCCCUCUGAACCACGUCGGCCCUAGUGCUCUCUCUGCGGGACCUCGGACUGCCGCACCAGCAUCCGGAAGUGAACAAAGCGAGCGAGCGAGGUCACGGAGGAAGAGCGCUGUCUGCCCUGGCUUCUUUGCAUUGGUGGCAGAGAGCAGCAGGCUCCUUCAGUUGGUGGGAAGUAACAGGAGGAGCCCGGCUGUGCCUAGGAGCUAGGCGAUGCAAAAGAACACUGUCCUGACUUUGCACUGCCACCAUCUGAGCCCUAAGAGCCCCGGGGCUCAUUGGACCAAGCUACUGAGAACUUCAUGCACCUGCUCACUUCUGUGUGGAGUGAGGGCCACACCAAGCCAUCAUCCUGGCCCUCUGCCGGGCUCACCAUGCUCAGGCAUGGAGUCAGAGUGUGUGGGCAGAAUUGGACUCCUUCUUGUCUAGUGACUUGUCAUAAUGUAGGCCUGACACCCAGAUCCUAGCUUUGGUCUUCUUUCUAGGUCAUUCCUUCUCCAUCUGCCACUUUCAGGGCUCCCUCCUUUCCUGGACUGAUGUUCUCUCCUCUUUCUCUGCCUCCAGAAUGUUCUUUGCAGCACUAAAGCAUUGGUUCUUAAAUCUUUUUGGUUUUAGACCUCUUCACGCUAUACAAAGGGAGAAUCAAAGAGUUUUUGCUUAUUCUUUGUUCCCUUGAUAUUUAUCAUAUUAGAAAUUAAUGAGUUUUUAACGCAGAAAUAUGGAAGUGUACACUUCAGUAGCUGAGAGAGCAGGAAUAUCUUCACAUUUCAGGGAGACACA